GAAGUUGAAAUAUUAAAAGUUGAACUUGAAGCUUCUCAAAGACAGCUUGAAGGAAAAGAUGAAGCCCUAAGAAUUCUACAGAGCGUGGCAGUGUUUAAUAAAGCCACUAUGCAUACAAAAGCAAUGCUUCAAAAAACUGAGGAGGAAAAGAGAGCUUUAGAAAAGGAAAUAAAUACUUUGCAAUGGGAAAUUGAAUUUGACCAGGAUAGGUUUAAAAACAUAGAAGAGACAUGGACAGAAAAAUAUGACAGGAUAUAUUGUGAGAAUGCAGCUCUUAAGGAAACAUUGAAACUGAGAACAGAAGAAGUUAGAAUUCUUAAAUCUGAAAAUGCAAUUUUGAAUCAGCAGCGCUUGGAAUUUCUUGCAAUGCUUGAUGUGAAACAACAGAAGGUUAUUCAGGAAAAUAUGUCCUGGAGUAAAAGUGGCCUUACAGAUGUUACAGGUCUUGAACUGGCAGUUCUUGGAGCCUGCACCUGCAGCACUUCUGGAGGGCAGCCUUGUUCCUGUGCUAGAAUGUCAGCUGCCACUCGAAAACAGCUACUUCAGCUCAAACAAGAGAUUGAACUUCUAAAGAAGAGUAAAGAUGAAGCUUAUGUAAUGGCAGAUGCCUUCAGAAUUGCAUUUGAGCAGCAGCUAAUGCAGAGAAAGGACCAAGCCCUGAGGCUUGCAGAAGUGAAUAAGAUUAGAAGGGAAACAAAAUUUAUAAGCUGGAGACGUCUGAAAGAGGAUGGACAUGUGAAGUUGCAAGGAAACAAGAAAAGCCUGGGACAAAAACUAUCAGGCCUGCUGUCCUCAGGUGUGGACUGUAGGAAAGUUGAAGAACUGGACAAUCCUCAUGAAAUCCUCAAGAUGUUAGUUGAUUUGCUAAAUGACAAAGAAGAGGCUUUGGCUCAUCAGAGAAAAGUCAGUUACAUGCUAGCUCGUGCAAUAGAAAUGAAAGAAGGUGCUUCAGAAGAAAAUAAAGAAAAUAACACUCUGAGGAAUUGUCAAUAUAAACCCUUGCAAUCCCAAGCAUCGACUAAUCUUGUAUACACGUACAGGCAAAAUCUCAGUUCUCAAAACAGUGUUCGUUCUACUUCCAAUACCGAAACAUUUGGAAACUCAGUAAAAAUGCUUCGAAAAUCACAUUCUUGGCCAUCAGAGACUAUUCACUAUGAAGAAAAUGAUUCACAUGAAAAAGGAGAGGAAACUGUUGUGAUUUCAAUAUAA